UGCAAAAGAAAAAUGCUACAAAACCGGAGAUCUGGCUAAAUUUGAUAAAAAUGGUGAACUUCAUUUUAUGGGACGUCUGGAUUUUCAAGUAAAACUUCGUGGUCAACGUAUUGAAAUUGGAGAGAUUGAAAGUGUAAUAUCUGAAUCAUCUGAGUAUGUAUCUAAUUGUGUUGUAAUUAAAAUUACUGAUGAAAAUACCAAGGACGAAUAUUUAGCUGCGUAUAUACAAAUAGCAGCCCUAACUGAUAUUAGAGAUAAAAAUAUUCGAAGCAUAGAAUAUAACGAUUUAAAAGUUCAUGUAACAACUUAUUGUUUAAAUCAUUUACCUUCUCCUAUGGUACCAUCUGUUUGGUUAAUAAUGGACAAACUUCCAAUUAAUGAAAAUGGAAAGAUUGACCGUAAACAAUUACCAAAAAUUGAACGUGGUCAUUCAUCAUUUCCUUUAUCUGAAACAACAUUAUCAAUGAUUACUACUACACCAA